AUGGCUCAGGACAGCAGACUUAGGGAGCUGCUGUGGAACACGCUGAUGGAGCUGGGGGAGGAGGACUUCGCGUCCUUCAGGUUCCACACGGACCUGCCUGAAAGCGAGCGUGAAAACACCAGCCGUGAGUACAUUGCUGGAAAGCUCUUGAGUAAGCACGGUGACAACACUCUGGGUGAAACCGUCAAGAUUCUGGAGAAGAUCUGGAACAAAGAUUUGGCCCAGAAGCUGCACAGCAACAUGCUGAACAUAAAAGGUGCCGUCUUCUCCGUCCAUGAUGAUAAUCAGAUUAACCGAUUGAAGGGGAAGCUUCAAGAACACUUGAAGGGUUUAUACAGCUUUGCAUCUGAGGGCACCACCGAGCGCUGGAAGCAGCAGCCUCUGGCGGACGUCUACACGGAGCUGGACGUCACCUACGGGGCCGACGUCAUCCCCGACGAGCGGCACGAGGUCCUUCAGAUGGAGACCAGUGCCACUGCGGCAAAGGAGUCUAUCCUGCCAUGCGGCAUCUUCAAAAGACCUGACGGGAACCGGCGACCGAUACGCACGAUGCUCACCGUCGGCUUUGCGGGAAUAGGAAAAACCUUCCUGAUUCAAAAGUUUGUGUCGGGCUGGGCCAGCGGUAGUAGCAACCAGGACAUGGACUUCAUAUUUCCUUUCACCUUCCGCGAGUUAAACAUGGACAAAGGGAAAAGGUUUACGCUGGCCGAGUUAAUACGAUGUUAUAUCUGCAGAAACAGGCACAUGAGCAAGGAGACACUGAACAAUAUAUUUGCCGACCUGCAGAUGUCUGACAAGCAGGACUACGACAGCAGCAGGAUCAAGAUCUUGUUUAUCCUCGACGGACUGGACGAGUGCAACUUCAAAAUCGACUUGAAGAAUACGGGGAAAGUGGACAUGGACGUGAGGGAAGCCUACCCGCUGGAGGUACUGCUGGCGUAUCUCAUCAAUGGGAACCUGCUUCCGUGCGCCAGGGUUUGGAUCACCACGCGGCCCGCGGCGGCCCGCGAUAUCCCCUCCGACCUCAUCGACAGCAGAACAGAGGUGAGAGGAUUCAGCGAUUCCCGGAGGCUGGAAUACUUCAGGAAAAGGUUCCCAAAUGAGGAGCGCGUCAUUGAUCACAUUCGGAAAUCUCGAAAUAUCUUCAUCAUGUGCCACAUUCCAAUCUUCUGCUGGCUCACCGCCAGAGUUCUUCAGCAUCAUUUGGACAAAGGGAAGAAGGGAGAGCUUCCCACAACGCUGACUAACAUGUACUCAGCGUUAAUAGGUCACCUACUGGAAAACUCCAAGGAGAGAAAUACAAAUAAGUACAUCCUUGACGUGAAAGCACUCGCAAAGCUGGCCUUUGACCACACCAUGAAGAACUGUCAGAUCUUCUACGAGAAAGACCUGGUGGACAGCGGUUUUGAUUACAGCCAAGCUGCAAAACACUCCGGAAUAUUCACUGAGGUCUUUAAGGAGGUCCCUCCGCUCAAGAGAAACAAACAGAAGAUGUUUCAGUUCGUUCAUCUAACCAUCCAGGAGUAUCUGGCCGCACUGUACGUCAUGAUGAGCCUCUUCCAUGACAAAAAGAACGUACUGGAUGAUUCAGGUUGGUUACUGAAAAAAGUGGCUGAGCUUUUUAAGCAGACCACAAUCACUGAGGUCCACCAGUCAGCUCUGCAGAAAGCUUCAGAGAGUGAAGGAAAAUUGGACAUGUUCCUUCGCUUCCUCUUUGGCCUUUCCUUGCCAUGCAACCAGGAACUAGUGGAGGAACUGCUGAAGGCUCCUCAGGCCUGCGGUCAAAGCAAGUCAAAGACAGUCGAGUUGAUCAUGGAAAGGAUCAAACAGAACACUCCAGAAAAGAAUGUCAACUUGUUCUACUGCCUAAAUGAGCUGAAGGACGACUCCUUGCUGAAGCAGAUCCAGCAGGAAUUAGCUUCAAGACGUCUGUCCUGGGGUCAAAUGUCAAAUGACAUGUGGUCGGCCCUGGCCUUUUUCUUACUGACAGACGAUGAAACCAUGAAGUCCUUUAAUCUUGCCAGCUACUCCCGAUCGCGUUUGGGGCUCAAAAAGCUGCUGUUGGUGGUCAAGGCUUCUCAAACAUCAGAUCUAAGUAAAUGUUGGCUUGACAAAGGCAGCUGUCACCUGCUGGCUUCCGUUCUCAGUUCUCCAUCCAAUCUGAGGCAUCUGGACCUGAGCUCCAACUACGACGUGUCGGACGAGGAAGUCGAGAUCCUCUCAAAAGGACUGGCCAGCCCACACUGCAACUUAGAAGUCCUCACGCUGUUCCGCUGCAGAAUCACCAGUAAAGGAUGUGUUUCAUUGGCUGAGGCACUCAAGUUAAACCCCUCCCAUCUUCAAGAGCUGGACCUGACCAGGAACGAUCUGUCAGAUGAAGGGGUUGAGAUCCUCUCGAAAGGACUGGCCAGCCCACACUGCAUCUUAAAAAUCCUCAAGCUGCACAACUGUGGGAUCACCCAUAAAGGAUGUGUUUCAUUGGCUGAGACACUCAAGUUAAACCCCUCCCAUCUUCAAGAGCUGGACCUGAGUGAGAACCAUGUGUCAAAUGAUGGGGUUGAGAUCCUCUCGAAAGGACUGGCCAGCCCAAACUGCAUCGUAACCCCCUCCCAUCUUCAAGAGCUGGACCUGACCAGGAACGAUCUGUCGGAUGAAGGGGUUGAGAUCCUCUCAAAAGGACUGGCCCGCCCACACUGCAUCUUAAAAAUCCUCAACCUGACAAAGUGCAGCAUCACUCAGCGAGGUUGCAUUUCGUUGGCUGAGGCACUGAAGGUAACCUCCUCCCAUCUUCAAGAGCUGGACCUGAGCUGGAACAAUCCGUCAGACGAGGGGAUUGAGAUCCUCUCGAAAGGACUGGCCAGCCCACACUGCAUCUUAAAGGUCCUCAAGCUGUCAGAGUGCGGGAUCGCAGAUAAAGGAUGCAUUUCAUUGGCCAAGGCUCUCAAGUUAAACCCCUCCCAUCUUCAAAAGUUGAAUCUCAGGGACAAUCGAAUAGAGGAAAAAGGAAAGAGGGUCUUAUUGGACAUCAAGGAGGAUCCCAGCUAUAGCCUGAAGACUGUCAAGGGGCUGUCGUCUGCGGUGAAGGACGAGUUGGCGGCCCGGGAGGAUUCUUCGGGCCUGGAAGACCUUAUCUCCUUGUCCGUGAAGUUGGACAAUCGACUGAAGGAGCGCGAGAGGGAACGAGCCUUGGAGCAGCGGGGCCGUCGUGGGUCGUCAUCGCGGUACGGUCCGGCAACGUUACGUGCAGACGGCUUCGUCGAAUCACCAUCAACCUCUACGCCGACGCGGAGUCCGGUCCUGGCGGGGGAGGAGCCAAUGCAACUCGGCAGCGGUCGUCUUUCUACGGAGGAGCGGCGGAGACGAAUGAGGGCGGGCUUAUGUCUUUACUGUGGCUUGCCGGGGCACCACGUUGCCGCCUGUGACGCGAUCUCUUCACGUCGUCCUGGAUCUUCGGCCCCUGGGGUUCCUCUCGCCAGAGGGGGGACCAGAAUUCAUGAACCGGUGGAGGAAAUGUCUUCAGAGGAGCCUGUUGUUCCAGAGACCCUGAUCAUCGGCGCACUCCGAUGGGAGGUUGAGCGGCUAGUGGAAGACUCUCUACGGGGUGUUAGGGUGCCCGGAGGCUGCCCUGCUGGCAAACUUUUUGUUCCGGACGCUCAGCGUGCAGUGAUUGACCGAUUCUCCAAGAUGGCGCACUUCGUCGCUCUCCCCAAGUUGCCUUCAGCUCUGGAGACCGCUGACCUGCUGGUAACACACGUUUUUCGAACCCAUGGCAUUCCGUCUGACCUAGUUUCUGACAGGGGACCCCAGUUUGUGUCUCGGGUUUGGAGAGCAUUCUGCAAAGCUCUGGGGGCCACGUCAACUCCAUGUCGAUGCAAAGAACCCGACGACGACCUCCUCGAAUUCUGUGAGCGAGGCCGCUUUGCCCGGAGCGCCGACACCCGAUCCUCUUGCAAUCAUCAGAGAAUACGUGAGACCAAACCCAAUGGACUCGACGUCUUCUAA